AUGAACUGUAUAGAUUACUCGAUCGUUGGCUUUGAUACCAUGGCGUACGAUAUCCGGAGUCAAAGCAAGUUCGGAUCGCCAUCGAAGAGCAAGAGGAAGAGGGAGAGGGAGCAGAAUUACAAAGUCAACCCUUCCAACAAAGGGAAGAGUCUCCAAUACCCCGAAGAAGAGCCCGACUCUGCCGAAUUUUUCAGCUUGCAGUAUCUGAUAUUCAAAUUGUCUUCCAAGUUAGCAAAAGCAUCAUACGAGCUUGACUUCAAUCGUGGGGAUGUUGUUUUUGGAUGUAUCUUCAGACCACUCCGGGAAGGUGGUCAGUAUGACGGAGACGAGAACAAGAGACAAGAUGCUCUACGUUUGGCAAUGCACCUUGGCGCCAGCUACGUUGAUAUCGAGCUUGAGGUUGCUUAUGAGUUCAUUAAUUCCAUUCGCGUAAAGAAGCCAGAGAACUUCAAAGUCAUAGUCUCCUCCCACAAUUUCCACGAAACUCCUUCCUCUGAAGCCAUUGGGAAGCUUGUAGCUAUGAUACAAGCUUCUGGGGCUGAUAUCGUCAAGGUAGCAACGACCGCUUUGGACAUUACGGACUGUGCACGGGUUUUCCAAAUGAUGGUCCAAUCUCAGAUUCCAACAAUAGGAAUUUCUAUGGGAGAGAGGGGUCUUAUUUCCCGGAUACUCAGCCCAAAGUUUGGCGCAUUUCUCACUUACGGUGCCCUCGAGGCCAGUGCUAUAUCAGCUCCGGGUCAACCUCUGGCAAAGGAUUUGUUGGAUCUCUAUAACUUCCGACUCAUAAGACCAGACACCAAAGUGUACGGCGUCAUCAGCAAGCCCGUGGGCCACAGCAAGAGCCCUCUUCUGUUUAAUGCUGCAUUCAAAUCGGCUGGUCUCAAUGCAGUCUAUGUGCACCUUUUGGUGGAUGAUGUCAAGAAGUUUUUCGAGACAUAUUCGGCUGCAGACUUUGUUGCCGGAUGCAGUUGCGGGAUCCCUCACAAGGAAGUUGCACUUAAAUGCAUGGACGAGAUUGACCCCAUUGCCAAGAAAAUUGGUGCUAUUAAUAACAUCGUGAGGAGACCUGAUGGGACGCUGGCUGCUUUCAACACAGACUAUAUCGGUGCUAUCUCUGCCAUCGAGGAUGGACUGCGAGAGCUAAAUGGUGCGACUCCCGCAGUGGGCUCGCCCUUGGCAGGUAAAUUGUUUGUCGUCCUCGGAGCUGGAGGAGCUGGCAAGGCACUUGCCCAUGGAGCUGCCCAAAAGGGUGCUCGGAUUGUUGUUGCCAAUCGUCCACUGGAACAAGCCAAGGAACUUGCUGAUAAGGUCGGCGGACAAGCUAUGACUCUUGAUGAAGUCGCCAGUUUCCACCCUGAAGACGAGAUGGUUCUUGCCAAUGCUACCUCUGUUGGCAUGACGCCAAAGAUCGAUCAGACCCCUAUACCCAAACAAGCUUUGAAAAAUUACUGCCUAGUUUUUGAUGCCGUCUACACACCAAAAGACACCAGGCUCCUCAGAGAAGCCAGAGAGUCGGGAGCCUUCAUCGUGUAUGGAACCGAGAUGCUGAUCCGACAGGGCUUUGAGCAGUACAAAAAUUUCACGGGAUUGCCAGCGCCGGAAGAGUUGUUCAGGAUGGUCAUGAUGAAGCACGCAUAAAACAUUGAUCAACUCGAUCUCACUCAAGAAGGUUAGGAACAGAAAUUUUUGAGUAGUCAUAUAAAGAUAAAGUCUGCUAAGUUAUAAUCAGAUAAGAUUUGCUAUUGCUGCAUUACGCUCCCCUGCUUUGGGUUUUACUACCGAAAUAAAAUUUCUAAAUAGGCUUCUUGUUUUAAUUUUUGAAAAUCAUUCACUCCUUCAUUUCACUUGCCAUGAAGUGCGAUGGACUAAUGAAAAAUGUCUAAUAUCUCUGCCA